CAUUGGUAUAUGUUUAAGAAAGACUGAAUCGUUUGUUUCCACCAAGACGUUCAAGAUAUUCCUUUAAAAUCUUGCAUCGCAUCACUUGUUGCAUAGUGUAAGGAGUAUGCACUUAUUGACAUUAGCGAACAAUAUGUUCUGAAUGGAGUAGCAGAGGUUGUAGGUUGCGCACAAGCUAGGUUGCAUGUGUGACGGAAUGACAGCUGACGAACGUCGGAUCAAAGAUUUCGAUAAAACGAUGACAGAGUAAAGGCUGAGAGACUCAGAGCAAAAUGGCAUGCAGCUGGAAACAGAAAUCAGUGGCUGCCUUGGUGAUUGGUGUGCUGGUCUUAGGGGUAGGGGUAGGACUGAUCCCAUUGGCCAAUUGGUUGAUUCACUCACAAAUCAGUCAGAAAGUCAUCCUCAAAGAAGGGACUGAAUUCUAUAAGCUAUGGACAGACAUACCUUACCCUAUUUACAUGCAAUUCUAUAUGUUUGACACCAAAAACCCUAAAGAAGUGGAGAAUGGUGGGAAACCCUAUGUGGAAGAGAGAGGGCCUUACACCUACAGAGAAUACCGGAUCAAGGAGAACCUGACCCACAAUGAUAAUGGAACCCUGACCUACAGACAGAAGAAGUACUGGACAUUCAUUAGGGAAAUGUCUGUGGGUGAGGAGAAUGACACUGUGACCACGCCCAACUUUGUACUGCUGUCCCUUGCAGAAUCUUUCAAGUGGCAGAGCCCUUUCAUCCAAACUGUAAUAUCAUUGGUCAUUGCUGGAGCCAAGGAGAAUUUGUUUUACAACAAAACUGUUAAAGAGCUUAUUUGGGGCUACAAGGAUAACCUCUUGUCAGCAGGACAGGCCAUAGACAAGAAGUGGUUUUACACAAACAUAGCUGGAUACUUUGCUGGGAAAAACAACUCAUAUGAUGGUACUUACACAGUCUUUACUGGAGAAAAUGACUUGACUAAAGUGGGAGUUAUUGACAAGUUCAAUGGCAGCAGCUCUCUGUCAUACUGGUCAACACAAUGGGCAAAUAUGAUUAAUGGCACAGAUGGGACUGUCGCACCUCCAUUUCUGAAGAAGGACGUUGUUCUUCAUAUGUUUUCCACUGAUAUUUGCAGAUCAGUGUAUGGAGUGUACAGUGGGGAUGUGUACACUUCACAGGGCAUACACUUACACAGAUACAGCUCCACAGCCAAUGAGUUAGCCAAUGUUUCUGUCAACCCUGACAAUCUGGGCUUUUGUACUCCGCAGACAAACUGCUUGCCUUCCGGUCUUCUUAAUAUCACACAGUGUCAGUUAUUGGACGGUUUCCAUGGUCCUGUGAUCGUGUCCUUCCCUCAUUUCUACAUGGCUGAUGAGCAUAUAGUGAAGGCUGUGGAUGGAAUGAACCCAAAUGCUGAGUGGCAUCGCACAGAUGUUGAUGUGGAACCAUACACGGGCGCUGUUUUGGAAGUGUCUAAGCGAUUACAGAUCAACCUCUAUAUGCUUCAGAUGAAGGAAAUUCAGCAACUAAAAAACAUCAGGAACUUAACCAUGCCUGUAAUGUGGAUAAAUGAGAGUGCUGUUGUGGAUGACAAGACGGCAGCCAUGUUGAAGUCUCAGCUGUUUGUCCCUCUCACCAUCACCCAGGCAGUCCAGUAUUCCCUCAUUGCUGUAGGGAGCUUUGUGUGCUUUGUUGUCAUCUUGAUUUUGCUCUCAAAGUCUCAGGAAUCUCAGUUUCGGAGGCUGAAACUGUACACAAGUGGGAGCACAGACGAUGACAUGAGUCCUAUUAUUAGUGAGUCCAAUGGUGCUGUGAGUGAUUCAACAUCCUAGUUUUUCAAUGAGUCCAAUGGUGCUGUGAGUGAUUCAACAUCCUAGUUCUGU